AUGACCAACUUUGUGACCCGCCACCCUUCUCAAGAUCAAUCACCUUACGAAGGUCUCAGUGCUGUAAACGGUCUUGUCGUUGACGGUGCUUAUCUGGACGGCUCUUGGGAAUUAUGUGUUCACGUGGAGGACAUAAACGACAUAGUCUGUGUUCGGGUUCGCGGUGACACCAGUGUCGGAGGCCUGAUGCAUCAAAUUGUCGAGGCGGUGAAUGUUAAGCAGUCUUGGUCAGAUCAUUCUAUUUGGUGGCCACAACGAAAUAUGUGGUUACUCCAUACUCGCACAUCUUUGGAUCAAUACGGCGUUCAAUCUGAUGCCCAAUUAGUCUUCCGUCACACGCAUGGUAAUCUUCAGGUCGUGCUACCUUCUUUAGCUACUCUUACCUUGCGUGUCAACUUCGCUAGUCGUGUAUUUUCAGUCGUUGAAGGGAUUUGCAAGGAGCUCUGCAUUCGGCAUCCUGAAGAGCUCUCAUUAAUGUUCCCUGUCACUCGAGACAGCAUUAAGUACAACCAACCCCUUCCUGUUAUCCGACAUGGUGUUAAAAGAACCGGGCCGCUAAAUUCCAUCGGCGCGGCUAGGUCAGAAAUGCCUGCAACUGCUACCAAUGGUGUAAACAAGGCGGUCUCUCUGAAUCCAUUAAAUGAGCCUAAUCCCUACCCCACACUGCCAUAUGGGUCGGCCACAUUAAUGCGCGGUCAGUCUGACAAUUCUUUGGACGAGGAGCGCAUCGAUAUUAGCAAGUUCCUAGACUGUAGUCAACGGAAGAGUGCAAAGGCAGCUUUCGGUGAGGAGUGGUUACUCAAGCCCAAAAAUGUCCAACAGAAAGCUCGGAUGGACGGAGGGUGGUUGGAUUCAUCACGAUCUCUGAUGGAACACGGCAUUGAACCUCCUACGGUUUCUCUAGGAGAUUAUCCCAUGUCUCAGUCCAAACCACCUACGCUCUACCUUCGUUUCAAGUUCUACAACUUUUAUGACAUUAACACAACCUACGAUGCAGUUCGUAUUCAUCAAAUCUAUGAGCAAGCCCGGUGGUCACUGUUAUCAGGAAAUUUGGAGUGCACUGAGGACGAGAUGAUUGUUUUCGCGGCUUACCAGCUUCAAGCAGAAUUGCAAAAUGAAUCUGCCUUGCAAGCAAAUGCAGCCUUGUACUCUGGUGGUGGGACGCUGGCUAGAUACAACACCUUGGGAGGAUAUAACACCCUUGCUUCACCAAUUGACCCAAGUCUCCGUCCAAUGAGUCCGGACUUUUCAACUCCGCGUUCUUUUGGAGGGUCUCUUUUACGUAUGCCGAGUCUUGGAACUGUUGCUUCACCAUCUGGACGUUCGUUGAGUCCAUUUGUCGGAUCAAAUAGUCAUCUGGCACUCAAUAAUGACGCGUUGAAUGAGACGGAUGAGAUUGACCUCAUGCUGACGGAGUUGGAACAAUCCUGCAAUGUAUCUCAUCAGCCACGAAAGUCUAGCACGACUUGUCAUGAUGCUGUGGACGCGGGGACUGCUCCGAUCCUCCAGGAUUCGAUUAAAGUUUUUCGUGAUAAGGGUCUCCUUCUCCGCAGAUACAAGGAGAUGUGGGGUGUUGUAAAAGGUGUCAGUCUGGUGCUUUACCGUGAUCCACAUAACAUUGAUUCGCCUUCUGCCUCGUACACACUUCGUGACUGUCUCAUAACCCCCGAUCUAAGUCCUGAAAAUUCCCGUUUUGCUGUUAAACUGUCUCUUGUCGUCACACCUCCUUCUUCCUCCGCCUCAACACCAAUUAGUGGACGUCGAAGUCGUGCUCGUGAGGAGGUGUGGCUGCGUUUCAAUUCCAUGGAACAGUAUGCCAAGUGGGUUGCCGCAUUUCGGCUUGCAGGACGUGGAAAGAGCCUUGAAAGUCGAGCCGCAUUGGACAAUGAAUUUCGGUUGGUUCGUGAGGCGCUUGAAAAACAAUCCACUCCGCAUGCCACUCCUGUUCUCUCGCCUGAGGAACUUAAUACCCACCUUGGAGAUUUGACGGACUUCUGCACGGAGAGAAUAAUCAAAAAGGCUCGCAGUCGAGAGGCUUUGCGACAGAGGAUUAGUGAAACUCACGCAGGAUUUCGAGAUCUCUCGUUACAGGAUGCCAAACUGCGCUACAUUGAGGAAUGGCAACGUCUAAAUCACUUUGGUCGCUCCUACUUUAUUGUCCAGUUUGACAAGGGUAAUCCUUUUGGUCUCGGCAGUCCUAGCAGUGGAAUAUUCUCUAGUCCAGGUCCACAGGAAGAUGUAAUUGCCAUCCGACAGUUUCGAAUCGAAGUAGUUUCUGCCUCCACCGAGGAGACUCAACUGGCGUGGAAUUUCGCGGAUCUACGCAGUUGGAAUGUGAAUUGGGAUAAUGGUCGAGUGAUUCUCGAAUUUCGCAAUGGAAAGGUCUCAUUCAAGCCUUUGUCAGCCAACUGUAAGAAUGUGGUGGAAUUUAUUGGUGGAUAUGUUUUUUUGAGUCAACGCAAUCCCGAGAAAAAUCAAAAACUCGACGAGCGACUGUUCCACAAACUUACGGGAGCAAGUGAUUAG